CUCCAACCGAAGCCAUUGCGAGGGAGUGAAACUCACCAGACUGCAGGGUGGAUAAUAGUUGCUGUCCUGUCUAAAAUCCAGAGCAACUGAAGCUGAGGGGUGGAGAGAAGAGGAGAGAGAGAAAGAGAGGAGAUUGAUCGUGUGGGUAACAAUGAGGGCCUCUAUUGCCGCUUCUGCUGCUGCUGCUGCUGCUGCUGCUGCUGCGGAGAGAAUGGACAGAGGAAAUAACCUCGAACCUCGCUCUCUACGACUCUUUUAUAUCUUUUUCUCAUUGCCUCUCUCUUUUAUUCCAACUGGAAUCCUGGAGAUCCAACCAUUCCAACAAGCUGAGAACUACAUCUUCCGAGAACCAACCGCUGUCAUAGGGUCGCUCUGCUCCUGUUCCCACGGAUUUGAAAGUCAUCACGAAUUGGAGACGCUAAAGCCAUUCCUUCCCCUCAGCCACUCCAAGUCCAUAACAGACACCGACACUCGUGGUUCGAUCACUAUUAACGCGCACGGCCUCCUUACUGGCCUAGUUGCGGUGCUUGCUGCAGGACUCUAA